AUGCCAGGUAAAGAGUCGGACGCCGUUGAAUCUGUCUCGCACGAGCAAGAUGUUACCGAGAGCACGGAGUUGGAGGCUACUCACUACCUGACCGGCUCAAAGCUUAGCCUCGUCCUCGUUGGCCUUGGGCUCGCCAUCUAUCUGUUCUCUCUUGAUAUCGCAGUCAUCUCAACAGCCAUCCCAUCCAUAACCGCACGAUUUCACUCCACCACGGACAUCGGCUGGUACGCAGCAGCUUAUCCUCUGAGCAUGUGCUCACUGCAGCCCCUCGCUGGAAAGUUGUACGUCAGCUUCUCGCUCAAAUGGACUUUCUUCACCUUCGUAGGCAUUUUCCUUUUAGGCUCGCUUCUGUGCGGUGCUGCUGUCAACUCUAGCUUGUUCAUCCUUGGUCGCGCAGUUGCCGGGGCUGGGGCAGCCGGGAUAUUUUCUGGGACCUUUUCUAUUCUCGCAGUUGUGGUACCACUCUCGAAACGUGCCAUUUACACCGCAGCACUGUCUUCGCUGCUCGGAGUUGCCACAAUCACUGGGCCGAUCAUCGGAGGCGCCUUGGCAACAAAGGUGACUUGGAGGUGGUGUUUCUACAUCAAUCUACCUCUUGGGGCGCCGACUCUACUUGCAUUGACCUUGUUCUUUCACCCACCGAUACGAAGCUCCGACAAAGCGCCUUUGCGGGAGAAGCUGCUCAAAAUCGACUUGGUUGGCUGCGCCAUAUUUAUGCCCACUAUUGUAAUGAUCCUCCUGGCCUUACAAUGGGGUGGCCAGCAGUACCCUUGGAAGUCGGCCACAGUAGUAGGACUGUUUUGUGGCGCUGCCGGACUGGCCACGAUCUUUAUUCUCUGGGAACAUCGUAAAGGGGAGAACGCCAUGAUCCCAUUCUCGAUCAUCUUGCAUCGUUCAAUCAUUCUCAGCUGUCUGUUCAGCAGCUUCAUGUUUGGUGCCUAUCUCAUUAACGUUUACUACAUGCCUGAAUGGUUCCAAGUCAUCAAGGGUGCUAGUCCUCUUCACAGCGGUAUCAUGACACUUCCGCUGGUCCUUUCACAGAUCAUUGCCUCCGGUAUUGGCGGAAUAGCCAUCAACCGUACGGGCUACUAUAACCCUUGGUUCUUCGUUGGCAUUGGUUGUAUGGCCAUUGCGUCAGGGCUCUACACUACCCUCACCACUUCCACGCCGCAUGCAAAAUGGAUCCCAUUCAUGGUCGUCCAGGGGUUAGGUGGAGUAGCAAUGCAAGCAUCCCUCCUCGCCGUCCAAGCCUCGCUGGCCUCGAGACCUCAGUUGAUUCCCGUCGGGAUCUCGUUGGUGACGUUCUUCCAGUAUUUCGGCGGCUCUGUGUUCCAGAGCAUUGCGUUGGCCGUCUUUCAGAAUCAGCUCGUCAAGUCACUCAAGCAGCAUGUAGGCCUCAACGCGGAGCAGGUGCAAAUCUUGUUGGAUGCCGGGUCGGGACACGCCCGGAAGGCUACGUUGAGCUCGUUCCCAGGGAAGCUUGACUCUGUCCUUUGGGCAUACGACCGAGCCAUCACAAGUGUCUUUUAUGCGUCCCUGGCCUCUGCCAUCGUGGGCUUCGUUCUUGCCCUGGGCAUCGAAUGGAAGAACAUAAGAGCCAAACCGUCGCAUCCAAACGGUGGCGAAGUCGGAUCCACAAAAGCCCCGUCGGCCGCUGACAAUGAGGUCGAGGUCGUUGCUGAGAAGGCCGACAGCAGCAAGUUGCAACGGACAUGUCUCGACAGAGGAUGA